AUAUAUUAUUAUUACUUCACAAUUACGAACUCGUAAUUUGCAAUUAAACACUAUCAUUUAAGCAUAACAGGAUUUCUUAACUAUAAUAAAUUUAACGAUAAUAAAUUGCAAAGUUUUACUUACAUUAUUGUCGUUAACAUACAGUAACAUACAUAGCGUAUGCAGUUCAAAUUGACAUUAAUUUUUUUCAGAUCAUAACUUCAAACUUUAGUUUGAAGUCGUACAGUGUCACAUUGUGUAUUAUACAAAGCAUUAUCGCCGUUUGCUCGUCAACGUAUUAAAAACUUGUGCAGCAGUUGAACACGCCAAGCAAUGCGCAAACCGUUUCACGUGCCCUGUUAUUACACGGGAGUAGUUUCGUGCAUAUAAAUACAUUGUAUGUUCUUAUUAUAGAGAAAGAGGAAACAUCUGUCAUCAAACAUAUCAUGUUCGUGCUUCUAGUCCUAUCCAUCUGUCGUCCCGAAAUGCGAAACUGCUCAUAACGGUUAUCCUGUGAAACUAAUUACAAAACUCACGUCAAAAAUGAUCCGGAUGAGCAGCCACGCAUAAGCCAUUCAAAUUCAAUGAAUGCAACAAAGUUGAUCGAGUACUUCCUGUUAAAGCACCAAUUUUCCACUUUCAUCAGUAACAACGCAUUAAAAUUUAAUUUCUCGCACGUAACUUCUAUAUAUUUUAUUAUUUCACUAAUGCUAGAUUCUCAAUUUAAGAAUUUAAUUUACUUGAUAUCUGAUAUCAAAAUCAGAUAUAAAUCGCUGUUCGCGUAGUUAGCAAUUUACGCACUGCUACUGCUUCAGCAUGACAGUUCUAUGUCCUGACACAAGGUGGCUAGUAGCCUCUUCAUUACACGAAUCGAUUCCACCGUGUAAUUAUCUUCAAUCAACAAAAAAUCGCGCAGCUCUUUCUGCUAAACUUCAAACUACAAGCAAACUACGACCGAAUCACCGAAAGUGAUUCACCCACGCAGACGCGAGAACAUGCAUACAAUACAGGCAAGUUUCGUCGCGGUUUCGUACGUCAGUUGUGAUCACGCAACCACCUGGUGAACAAGUAUCUCCUGCACAAGAUCCGAAUUGCUUCUAGCACUGAUCUGAUGACUACUAUGUACGAGCGCGCGGAUCUGUGUAACUCCAAUUAUGAGAAUGACAUACGAUACACCGUGCAAGUGCACAGAUUGAUUCUGAGCUUGAUCGGAGUGUGGCCGAUUCUGAAAAAAUCUAGAUAUCGACAGACACUCGUCAAAGGAGUCAUCAAGAUCGUGUGUUGCUUCCUACUCUCCUUCAAUCUGAUACCGUGGGCGUUGUACAUGUUUCUGAUCGUGGAUACGUUGACGGGCAGACUCAAGAUGCUCGGUGCGCUCUGCUUCUACAGCAUGGUGCCUGCCAUGUACUACGCGCUCAUGUUACGCGAGGAUCGUAUCAAGGAAUGCGUGAGACACGUGGAGGAAGAUUGGCGGAACGUCCGGGACGUGAACGAUCGCAGAAUCAUGCUGGACAAUGCGAGAGCCGGCCGCUUCAUCCUCAUCUAUGCUACGUUGUUUCUGUUCACCAGUGGCUUCAUUUAUCGCCUGAUCCAGCCGAUCGCUCGCGGCAAAACCGUCAUCGGGAACAUCACGAUUAGGCCACUGGUGCAGAGCAAUUAUUACAUCUUCUUCGAUCCACAGCAAAGCCCUGCUUACGAGAUCGUGUUCUCGCUACAUUUACUGACCGGCAUUAUUAUUUAUGCUGUAAUGGCCGCUGUGUGCGGAAUCGCCGCGCUGUUCACCAUGCACGCAUGCGGGCAACUCGAGAUGCUGGCCGCAUGGUUGGAGAACUUGUCGAAUGAGGACCAACGGCCGAGAGAUUGUACAUCGGCUCAAAAGCUCGCGAUGAUUAUCAUGCAUCACGUGAGGAUACGUAAAUUCGUAGAUCGCAUACAAGACAUUAUAGGAGGAAUGUGUUUUAUUGAAAUUAUUGAUAGCACUUUGAUAUUAUGUCUCCUAGGAUAUUAUGUGAUUACGGGAUGGGAACGUAACGAUGCACUCUCAUCUCUGACGUAUUUUAUAAUGCUCAUCUCAUUUACGUUUAAUAUUUUUAUAUUGUGUUACAUUGGAGACGCUUUAAGUACUCAGGGCAGUAAAGUACAUACAACUUCCUGCACGAUCGAUUGGUACUGUCUAUCUAACAAAGAAGCUCGUUACCUUAUCCUAAUAAUUGCCACGGCUAGUCAUCCUACGAAGCUCACGCCGGGUAAAGUGAUGGAUCUUUCGUUCAGCAGUUUUGGCACCAUUGUUAGAACCGCAAUGACAUACCUGAACUUGCUCCGAACAGUCACGCUGUAAUCGCGCGAGUUACAUCAUAACAUGAAAAUAUUUUACUGUCUUAUACAGAGAACAAGCACUUGUAAUCCGAAAUCUUAAAUAACAACAUUCAUGCAAACC